CUUCCAUUUUGUGCAACGCCCGAGCUGCUAAGUGCGUCAGUUGUGGAGAGACGUAGACGAGUUGAGGUCGGGUCUGUAGGGAGGCAGACAGCUCCGUCGCAGACUACGGACCUCUCCGGGUCUCAGCCGCCAAAGACCGUGUCCGGUAGGUGAGUGGCUCGCUUUGAGGGCAAGGCUUCUCGGAUCGAGGCUUCUUCAUGGCCGCUCGGGUCGCGAGUGCCAGGCCGGGGCUUCGCUCUUUGCGGAGGACGGCGUCUAGAGAGCGCAGUUGAUUGAGGAAGCACUAGCCGGGCAUCAUGAGUGGCUGUCGAGUGUUCAUCGGGAGACUAAACCCAGCAGCGAGGGAGAAAGACGUGGAACGAUUCUUCAAGGGUUAUGGACGGAUCAGAGAUAUUGAUCUGAAAAGAGGUUUUGGGUUUGUGGAAUUUGAGGACCCAAGGGAUGCAGAUGAUGCUGUUUAUGAACUUGAUGGAAAAGAACUUUGCAGUGAAAGAGUUACAAUUGAACAUGCUCGUGCUCGGUCUAGAGGUGGGCGAGGAAGAGGACGAUACUCCGACCGUUUUAGUAGUCGAAGACCACGAAAUGAUAGACGAAAUGCUCCCCCUGUAAGAACAGAAAAUCGACUUAUAGUUGAGAAUUUAUCCUCAAGAGUCAGCUGGCAGGAUCUCAAAGAUUUCAUGAGACAAGCUGGGGAAGUAACCUUUGCGGAUGCACAUCGGCCUAAACUAAAUGAAGGGGUAGUUGAGUUUGCCUCUUACGGUGACUUAAAGAAUGCUAUUGAAAAGCUUUCUGGAAAGGAAAUUAACGGGAGAAAAAUCAAAUUAAUUGAAGGAAGCAAAAGGCACAGCAGGUCAAGAAGCAGGUCACGAUCUCGGACCAGGAGUUCCUCUAGGUCCCGGAGCCGAUCUCGUUCCCGUAGGAGCAAGUCUUACAGCCGCUCAAGGAGCAGGAGCCGGAGCCGGAGCAAGUCCCGUUCUGGUAGUAGAUCUCCUGUGCCUGAGAAGAGCCAGAAACGUGGUUCUUCCAGUAGAUCUAAGUCUCCAGCAUCUGUGGAUCGCCAGAGGUCCCGAUCUCGGUCCAGGUCCAGAUCAGUUGACAGUGGCAAUUAAACUGUAAAUAACUUGCCCUGGGGGCCUUUUUUUUUUAAAAAAACAAAACAAAACAAAUUCCCAAACCAUACUUGCUAAAAAUUCUGGUAAGUAUGUGCUUUUCUGUGGGGGUGGGUUUGGAAGGGGUUGGGCUGGAUUUCUUUGUAGAUGUGGACCACCAAGGGGAUGUUGAAAACUAAUUAAUUGUAUUAAAUGUCUUUUGAUAAGCCUUCUGCUCACACUUUUGUGACUGUCUGAAGUAUAUAGUUUGUGUAUAUUGACAGAGCUCUUUUAUAACUAAAGCAUUUAAUUUUUUGUACUAGAAAAACUUUUGAACAUUUUAGUUCAUUGUUCAGAUAUGUUAACUUGAUUAGUUUAAUUACUCAAUUAAACUAAUAGCUUUGGACACUUUAAAAGAGCUCUAAUUUGCUUGUAUAUAAAGGCUUAAUAAGAGUUUUCCUUGUUAGGGUCAGGGUGUCUUCUCACCCAUUAGCAGCUGUAGACAGACGUUAAAGCAGCUGUUUGUUAUUGAUAAUAAAAGAUAUCAAGUAUUAUA